AUGGAGGUGGUCGGCGAGCCCGACCGAUCACGAUGGAUUCAGUUGAUGGCCAAUAUCCAUCCCAUGUUCUCACGUCGCGGGUUUUUGUUUCGGCGAGGAACGGCGCGAGUUGCGCCCGCUGGUGUGGACGCCGCCUAUCGCUACAUCUGCUCGCGGAGGAAUUGCAGAUGCAGCAUCUCGGUGCAUCGGACUGGGGAAGAAUAUAGUAUCGUCGCAGACAUCGUAAGAGGUUUUUAGUUUUGGGAUUUUUUGGGGUUUUUUGAAAUUUUUCUGGUUUUUAUUUUAUUUUUUUUUUUUUGAUUUUUAUUGUUUUGGGAUUUUAAUUUUUAUUUUUGGAGGAUUUUUUUAUUAUUUAUAUUUUUUUAAAUAUUUAUUUUUGGGAUUUUUUGGGGUUUUUACUUUUUCUGGUUUUUAUUUUUCUUUGAUUUUUAUUUUUUUUUUUGGGUUUUCAUUUUUUUCGAUUUUUAUUUUUGGGAUGUUUGGGGUUUUUUAAAUUUUUCUGGUUUUUAUUUCUUUUCGUUUUUUAUUUUUGCGAUUUUUUAGGGUUUUUUACUUUUGGGUUUUCAUUUUUUUCGUUUUUUUGUUUUGAUUUUUUCUUUGUUGUCCCUUCGCUUAUUUCCUCAAAAAAAAAAAAAAAAUUAUUUUCCAAGUUUUCAGACAACUCCCCACCUCCACGGCCCAAAUCCGGGCGCGGUGGACGCGAAAAUCGCGAGCACUCGCGCCAGAGGCUUUGUCGUUCUUUAUGUGCAGGCUGACAAUUCGCAGCCCCAUCACCAUCUACCGAGUCCCCUUGCCCCAUUCAGACGUAAUGCAAUAGUAACAUACCGCCGCGUACUUGUCGACCAACCCCAAAGCACAAGCUCGGACGAUGGUAAAGAUAUUUUUUUUGAUUUUGCACUUUUUUAUUUAUUUUUUUGCAUCCCGACUUUUCGGGUCGACGAUAGUUCGGGUCAGCACAAAAUCGAUCGAUACGGGGAGGUAGAGCGGUUGGAUACCCAAAAAAAGUUGUAGGAAUUGCCUACGAGGCCUGGAAAAGCCUCUAGAUGGGCGGCGGACGCUCGGCGGAGGCUCGGCGGAGACUUGGCGAAGGCCUACAAUAUGAGCUAUUUCUCUAAUUUUGGCUAUUACUGGCGGUAGUUUUCUUUACCCUCAGUCAUUCUAACAUAUAAAGGGCCAAAUUUUGCAUCAAAAAACGAAGAUCCGUAACUUGUACCUAGAUAUUAUUGAUGUGAGUACAUGUAAAAUACCUCAAAAUAGGCGGUAAACAUGAGCAAUCUCUCAUACUUCCCACAGAGAACUAGCCCAAACUUGAGUCAAGUCUACGAAAUUUCGGGCCAGCGACAGCUCGGGCCAACGAUACUAUGGAUCACGUCGAUCGUUAUAUGCAUAUAUGCAUGGGGGCCUGGGAAAAGGCUUACUUAGUUAACAGAAAUAAUAAGAUUGGUCGGGUCCUAGGGUAUCGUAUCACCUGUUUUGAGGUUUUUUACAUGUACUCACAUCAAUAAUAUCUAGAUGAAAGUUACGGAUCUUCGUUUUUUGCCAUAAAUUUUGGUCUUAUAUAUGUUACAGUAACUCAGGAUAAAGAAAACUAACGUUAGUAAUAGCUAAAAUAAGAAAACGUGGACAUAUUUCAUUCCUUCGCCAAGUCUCCGCCGAGCCUUCGCCGAGCGUCCGCCGAACAUCCAACGACUUUGCCAGGCCUCGUAGGCACUUCCUGCAAUUGUUUUGGGUCUUCACCUGCCCUACGUCCCCUAUCCAUCGAUUUUGUAUUGACCCGAACUGUCUUCGACCCGAAAAGCCGGGAGGCGAAAAAUUUGAUUUUUUCGAAAAAACUCGUUCCUUUUUUUUAAGAUUCCUCAAUUUUAAACGCCCCGAGCAGCGAUGACGAGUCCUCUGCAUCGACAGCGGAGCGAAGAAGCGCCAGCCCGCCUCCACGAAGCGAGGAACUGCCUCAACGACCAACCGCAGCAGCGUUGGAGCGGCCCCGGCCAGGCGGCGGACGUCAACAAUCGGGGCUCCUCCAGCCAAAUCUCCGCGCUGAAGCCGUGCCGGGACCCUCGGGCGCUCCGGCCGCCUCCUUCACUCCGCAGCAACGGGGGUGGGGAGUGCAACUGCAGCCCAAUCAGGAGCCCCGAAUCACCGACACGAAUCUGUUGCGAAUGCUGCGCAUAGACCCCGAACUGGCCGGAUUGGUCAGUUAUGAAGCGUAUAUGGAACAAUUUUAUUGGGAUUUGGAGCAGCGUGAACGGGAGAACGACGAGCCUCAUGUAGGUUUUUCUAUUUAUUGGCCGGGUUUUGAGGUGGAAUCUGACCAGUUAACUUGGCCAAUGUGACCGGUUAACUUGGCCAAGUUUGAUUCUUUGAUAGCAGCAAAAUUUUGAAGGUGGAAUCUGGUAGAUGAACUUGACCAAUAUGACCGGCCAGGUUGCCCAAUAUGACCGGCCAAAAUGUCCAAAUUCAAUUUUUUUGCUAGCAACAUAAUUUUGAAGGUGAAUCAUACUGGUCAACUUGCCCAAUCUGACCAGUAGACUUGCCCAAAUUGACCAGCCGACUUGGCCAAAUUAAAUUUUUUUUGCUAACAGCAGGAUUUUGAAGGUGAAUUUGACCAGUCGACUUGCCCAAAUUGACCAGCAGACUUGGCCAAAUUUAAUUUCUUUGCUAGCAACAGGAUUUUGAGGUGGAAUUUGACCGGUCAACUUGCCAAAUCUGACCGGUCGACUUGCACAAUCUGACCGGUAAACAUGGCCAAAAAUUCAUUUUUUUUUGCUAGCAACAGGAUUUUGAGGGUGAAUUUGAUCAGUCAACUUGCCCAAUUUGACCGGUCAACUUGGUAAAAAUAGACGUUAAAAUUUUUAGCCUUUUCAACGUCCAGCACGAGCGGCACAAGUCCGACCAACCACUCGACAUUUGCCGAAUCAGCCAAGCAACCGCCGUCUUUCCGACGGUACAAUUAUUUUGUUUUUUUUUCACAAGGAAAGUACUUCUAUGGGGUGUGGAAUUACCGGUCGAGAUAUAUAUCAAAAAAUUCGCAAAAAUUUUCUGAUUCAGAAUAUAUAUAAAUUAGCUGCCUAAUUUUUGGUCUAUCAGCGAGUUUUUUCAAUAAAUGUUUUUCUCGAGGAAAAAAAUCUGCGGCAACAAAAGCGCGCUCGGUCUCUUCCUUCGGAAGAGAGCGGUGUGGCCGAGUGGUUAGAGCGCUGGGUUGGAAAUCCGAGGGAAACGGGUUCGAUUCUUUUUGCCACACUAGAACCCAUUUUUUACAUUGGAACUACUUUUAAGGUGUAGUUGUAAUCCAAUUUGAUAUUUUAAGGCUUGUCAUGGCCUUAGAAUUUAGUUUAGCAUAAAACAAAAUUUUUUUAUUGGUAAAAACACGGUCAAAAAGACACUUGCAUGGUGUCACGAGAAAACUUCUGAGGACAAAAACAUGUCAUUAGACCAAAAUUAGGCAGCUAAUUUAUAUAUAUUCUGAAUCAGAAAAUUUUUGCGAAUUUUUUGAUGUAUAUCUCGACCGGUAAUUCCACACCCCAUAGAAGUACUUUCCUUGUCAAAAUUUUUUUAUUCAUUUUAAAAUUUUUUUUCCAAAAUUCAGACCGCACCUGCACAAUCUGCACGGACCCGCCCCAGGAUCCGGUCUGGUGCCCAUCCUGCCGACAGCUGAUCGGCUGCCGACCCUGCCUCCGCCGAUGGCUGGAAGCGGCGGAGCAUCGGACCGCCAGAAGAUGCCCCCUCUGCCGCGCCCAUUGGAGGUCGAAAUGGGGAAUUUGA